CGAGUAUUGUGGCACUCUCGAUUCGAGGCGAAGGCAGGAUGGCCUCGCGCUUCGACGCCACAACAUAUACCGCCAUGCACGGCCGAAGCCUGAGCUUAUCGCCCUAUUGCGUCGGUGGCAUCGCAACGCAACUCGAAUGCACAGCCAUUCAUUUUCCAGCUUCCUGAGACGAUCCACGCGGGAUACGAUGCCUUGGGGAGGGCGGUACAGGAGCCGACACGAAACCAGGAGGGAGCAGGUCUCAGCAGACGCGGUUCUUAGCAGCGAAUGCUCGGAUACUCGUUGUGACGGCACACGACGGGCUUCGUGCGCUUCUCUUUUGCGGCUCCUCGCCAAGAGCCCCUCUCCCCCCCGGGAGACCCGGUUUGCUACGCCUCUCAGUCUCGCCGACGCAAAUUUAUUCAGCGUUUUAGUAGCAUAUUUGGGGUAGACAAGAUGGCGGCAGCAGGAGCGGUAGCGGGAGCCGUGGUAGCAGCGGUGAUCGUGUCGUCAGCGAUAGGUGCUCUGGUGUACCGGCUCUGGCCGAGAAACCCAGUCGUCAAGGCACGAUAGCACCCCUUGCUCUCCCUGCCUCUCCUUUUGCUUCUCUUGGCUCCUCUUGGAUCUCCUCCCCUUAAUUUCGCUUCGCUAUUAGUACACCGUUUUUUGUUUGGUUGUUUCUUUGUUUGUCUGUUGUAGAAGGGCUUCACGUCUAGUCCUUACUUCCGCUGCGUGCCACGUCGGAUUGAGCACAGGUGGAAGUAAUUAGCAUCGCAGGCGUCAGUGUCCAUGUCACUACAAAGGUGAAACUUCCACUUACCGUUUACUUUCAUAGUUGGCUCUAAUUCUAUGUUCUUCAGUUUUGCUAUCAUGCUAAAACUGGGCCUGCCGGUGCUGUCCCUGGACCUCACUGUGCGCCUGCUGGUGCGCGCAAAGAACCCCAACUUCCUGCCCGUCAGCUACUCCGCCUCCACUGUCGCCAUCUACUACGAUGGCACCAAGAUACGCGAGAGUGGCAUGGGAGCAGGGCAGUUCAUGCCACGGGAUGACAAGCUCAUGGAGCUCUCCGCAACCAUGAGUACCCUGGAGCUGGCAGCAGCCAAUGCGCGGCGGCUGAUGAGUGACAUGAUGAACCGCAGUGUGACCGUGGUGGCCGUCACGUCCUUCCCUGCCGUCGCCCACGGCCUCUGUGACUCCAUGCGCCCCCGUCUCCUGGUGGAGCUCACGAAUGAGGUGACAUUUGACCCACUUACUCUGGGCGUGCAAGAUAGUGAUUCCUUUGCUGCCUUACAGCUGCUGCAACCUCUUACCCAGCCCAGUUAGAACCUCAUCUAACCUCAUGAUUCUCUGCGUGUUUUUACUGGUACCAAACCAGGGUUGAAGGUUGAACACAUCGAUUUGCUCAUGUGUAGUUGGAUUUUUUAUUGAGUAUCUCCUACAUGAAACAUAUUUGGUAUAAUAGUAUAUCAU